AUCCCACCGGUUGGCUCUUGAUAUCUUCGUUUCAUCAGACUCAAGCUCUCGCUCAGAACCUGAAUCCUCUCUCUCUCUCUCUCCUUCGCUUAAAGCCUAGCCAGCCCGCUCUCACUUGAAGACCGUUCCCAACUUCCGGACUCGAAAACUCGUUUCCCAAAAAACAAACCAGUCAAAAUGAAGUUCUUCAGCAUCCUCUCCCUGGCCGUUACCCUCGCCGCCGCGGCCCCAGUCGAAGUCGUCGACACCGGCGUCGCUGACCUCCAGGUCCGUCAGACGGGAGCGACCAGCAACGAGCUCGAGUCCGGCAGCAGCUCCGCCUGCCCCAAGGUCAUCUUCAUCUUUGCCCGCGCUUCCACCGAGCCCGGCAACAUGGGAAUCAGUGCUGGCCCUAUCGUCGGUAAUGCCCUCAAGAGCCGCUAUGGCUCAAGCCAAGUCUGGGUUCAGGGCGUUGGCGGGCCGUACAGCGCCGACCUGGCUUCCAACUUCCUCCCCGAGGGAACCAGCACCGUCGCCAUCAACGAGGCCAAGAGGCUCUUCACCUUGGCGAACACCAAGUGCCCCAACUCCGCCGUAGUCGCUGGCGGAUACAGCCAGGGAACCGCCGUCAUGGCAUCGUCCAUCUCCACUCUGAGCUCGACGAUCCAGAACCAGAUCAAGGGCGUUGUCUUGUUCGGCUACACCAAGAACCUCCAGAACCUCGGCCGCAUUCCCAACUUCCCCUCGUCCAAGCUAUCUGUCUACUGCGAUGUUGCGGAUGCGGUCUGCUACGGCACGCUCUUCAUCCUGCCCGCACACUUCCUCUACCAGACUGACGCGGCCGUUGCCGCCCCUGUGUUCUUGGCUGCUCGCAUCGGUUAAGAAGAUCAAGCACGCAAUCAGAUCCGGAUCGACUAUGAUUCGGACGCACCUGGGUGAAAUCGAGGGGGGUUGAGAGGGAAAAUCGCCAACGCAUCAAUUCCUGUGAGCCAUCGGGCUCGCUUGCUGAAGACGGAGCUUGAAGCGCGGCAACAGAAUGGAAUAUCAAGGGCUUGGGUUGGAUUGCUGGAGCAUGAU